AUCAUGCACUUCUGAGUCUUUUUCUUCACCACUCCAUUCAUACAGAAAGAGAAGGAUUAGGAAGGAAGAAAAUUUAUUUUUUCCUCUCAUAAGAUAUGUUCAUCUCACAAUCUCAUACCAUCUUCAGGCAGAAAGCUACAGGCCUAACACUUCUACUUGUUUUCCUACUUGGCUUCACAAUUAAUAGAGACUAUCUUUGUUCUGACCACCCUUUCACCACCCCUACAAUAUACCAUAGCUCGGCCCCAUCAACGUUACAUUCAGCGAUGGCAAAGAUGACGUUUGACGGGCACCUAAGUUUCGACCACGUCGAAAAUGCAGCAAAGGACUUUGGCAACAGAUACCAUCUCAUGCCAUCAGCAGUUUUACACCCUAAAUCUGUUUCUGAUAUUUCUAACAUCAUAAGAUAUAUUUUUGACUUGGGCUUAACCUCGGAGCUUACCAUUGCUGCUAGAGGCCAUGGCCACUCGUUGCAAGGCCAAUCACAGGCGUAUCAAGGUGUUGUUAUUGAUAUGGAAUCACUACGGGUGCCGGAAAUGAGCUUUCACAUGGGAGAACACCCGUUUGUUGAAGUAUCAGCAGGAGAGCUUUGGAUAAAUAUUCUGCAUGAGAGUCUUAAACGGGGACUAGCACCGAAAUCCUGGACCGAUUAUCUUCAUCUCACGGUUGGAGGGACUUUGUCAAAUGCUGGAAUUAGCGGGCAAGCUUUCCGGCACGGACCCCAGAUCGACAAUGUCUACCAACUGCAAGUUGUCACAGGCAGAGGACAAAUGGUAACCUGUUCAGAAGAGGAGAAUACCGAUCUUUUCCAUGCUGUUCUUGGUGGAUUAGGACAAUUUGGCAUAAUUACCAAGGCUUCAAUAGCUCUAGAGCCAGCCCCAAGAAUGGUGAAAUGGAUAAGAGCACUUUACUCGGACUUCUCGAUGUUCACCAAUGACCAAGAGCACCUCAUAUCUUCGGCAAACACUUUUGAUUACAUUGAAGGGUUCGUUAUUAUAAACAGAACUGGUCUACUGAACAACUGGAGAUCAUCUUUCAAUCCCAAAGAUCCGGUCCAAGCCAGUCAGUUCACUUCUGAAGGUAGGAUUCUGUUUUGCCUAGAAGUUGCAAAGUAUUUCACUGCAGAAGAGGCCGAUCACAUUGACCAGGAUGUUGAUAACUUGUUAUCGGGACUGAAUUAUGUUGGCUCAACCCUCUUCCUGUCAGAGGUCACUUAUGUCGAUUUCCUGGAUAGAGUACAUGUCUCUGAAAUCAAACUCCGGGAGAAAGGGUUGUGGGAGGUGCCACAUCCAUGGCUGAAUCUACUUGUUCCAAGAAGUAGCAUUCAUGAGUUUGCUCAAGAAGUUUUUGGCAACAUUGUCAAAGAAACCAGUCACGGCCCUGUUCUGAUCUACCCGGUCGACAAAUCUAGGUGGAAAAACAGGACAUCAUUGGUAACACCCAAGGAGGAUGUUUUCUACCUGGUUGCCUUUCUAUCCUCAGCAAUACCAUCUUCAACAGGGAAAGAUGGCCUGGAAUCGAUUCUAACCCGGAACGACAGAAUUCUUGAUUUUUGUGCAAGGCCCCAUCUUGGAAUCAAACAGUAUUUGCCUCAUUACAGCACUACAGAAGAGUGGAGAGCACAUUUUGGCACUCAAUGGGAUGUUUUCUCCAUGAGGAAAUUGAGUUAUGAUCCCCUUGCGAUGUUAGCUCCUGGACAGAGAAUUUUCAGAAGAUCCCAUGCCUUUUGACAACAGAGA